CCUCUUCAAAGCAAUUACGAUUCAUAUUGAGCAGGUCAGAUCACACGUGGCGAUCUGCAUAUCGAGUCGCUUCCUCGCUGCGUGUUGACCUCGCUGCACGCUGGCCACGACUUACCAUGGUUCAAAUCCACCGCUACUCAAUCGCGCUGAUCCACGCCGUUGUGAUUGCGACCGCCGCUGCCUCGGUAUCCUCCUCACAGUCCAAGAAACAGCACAAACAGGUUCUCACAGAAGAUAACCCGACAAAUCCUUCCCCAGCGCCGUCCACAGACCGCAUAGAAAAACAAAAUAUUGCUUCGUGGGAAGUCCAGCCGGACGGCUCCAUAUCGAACAAGCGGGGGGUUUCAUCUCCCUCUGUAGGUGGCAGGACACAGAUCCAAAGGGACGAGAACGUACGCUGGAGGAUCGUGCACGACGAGACCGAGAGCACCGCACCCGCGCUCAUUUCACAGCAGCAACCAGAGGACGUACCAAUUAAUGCACAGGGCUUUCUCAGUGUGGAGGAGGACGCAUCCUACGAGGACUGGGAGACUGUCAGUUCGUCUCAGUUGUUCCUUGAAGCGUCCGACGCUUUUCUGGCGCUGGAAGAUCGCAUUGCAGAGGAAGGACACACUCCAGAAGUAGUAGAUAAGUUGGUAAAGAUUGCAAGCAGUCGUGAGGGUUCUGGUGACGCUGAGACUGAGGGUGACUGGGCUUUCGCAGUGACGAAGUUGUCGUUCAUGCAGCUAUUCGAACCCAACACGGAGUCGUCCGACGAGCAGGCCUUUAUAGAUGCUAUACACAACCUCAACGUCGCAGCAGAGGCUGGAGUGCAGUCAGCACUUGGAGUCUUAGCAAUGCUGGAUCUAAUUGGUGUCCCAGACCCCGAGGAAUUAGAAGACCCGAGUAUAAUGCCACUUUCUCGACAAGAACGACGAGCACGAGCUGACAAGGCGUUGUCUGGUUUAUCAGAUGCCAAAGACUUUAUGGCUACAAUGGCUGUAGCGUACGGUACUUUGUCCGGAAGAAUUCCAGUGUCAACAAAGGAUGCAGCAGAGACCACUGGCCCAGACGCGAUGUGUGAAGCAGCUCUGCCGUUAUUCCACAAGUGUGCGGAGGAAAAUGUGCAUAUUAUUGUCGAUGAAGGCGGUGAGCGUCCCGUAGAGAUUGUUCGUCUCUCGGACGAAAUAUUGGACCCCAAUGGAGGCGGAUACUUCAACGAGUACGGCUUUGGAGUCACUGAUCCGCUUCACGACGAGAACGAAGCUCUGCACGAGUUGGAAUAUUACCGCGGGAUUGCGAACAACCCAAUGGAUGAACAGCAUCCUCAGGCGAUGCAGCGUCUUGGAGAAAUCUACUUUUUCGGCAAUCAAGCAGCUCACGUCGCAGCGGACCAUGGGCUGGCAGCGCAAUAUUUCCGCCAAGCAGCCGAAGCUGGAGAUCCGCUGGCUCAAGCUAACUAUGGUAUGCUCCUCGCUAAUGGUAUGGGUGUAGAUCGAGACGUACCGCAAGCGCUGGUGUAUUUCAACCGCGCUGCUCGUCAGAAUCAAGCGUUUGCGUUCCACGGUCUCGGUGUGCUGUAUUUUACUGGAAAUGGCGUGCCCCAGAAUGUCACCCGUGCUCUCGGGUACUUUGAAGAGGCCAUUGCGCUAGGAUACGCUGAGUCGCACUCGUUUUUGGGCUCGGUAUACCUCCAUGGUGACGGCGGUGUGCCUAUCGAUUACAAAGAGGCUUUUUACCACUUCCAGGCGGCAGUGGAUGGCACAGACGGACAGUCAAGUCAAGCGUUAUUCAACUUGGGCGUCAUGCACUUUCGAGGCGUCGGCACUCCACGCUCUUGCCACACAGCUCUGCCGCUGUUCCGCGCGGUGGCAUUGCAUCCCGAUCUCAUUUCUGGACUCCCGUUCUCGCUCAUCAAAGCGUAUGAAUGCUACAAGAAAGGAGACUACCUGCGUGCGUAUCUGCACUACCGACUCGUUGCUGAACUGGGGGAUGAAGACGGACAGUGCAAUGCUGCCUUCUUGCUCGAACACCACGGCCAGACUAUCCUCAAGUGGCGUUGGCUUGGACUUGCAGCGGCAGUAGAAGACUCGAGUAAUCCGCUGCUGCAUGAAGCCUUUGCCUUGUACUCACAAGCAGCGGCGUUGAACGACUCGGAGGCUGUACGGAAGACUGGUACAUGCUUCCAUGAGCCGUGGAUCGGUGUGUGUCCGAGCAACCACACGCGAGCAUUGGAACGUUAUCAACUCGCAGCAGAGCUGGGCGACGCACAGGCUGGCUACAACUGCGGCUUGAUGCUGCUGACGGGCGAUGGUGUUCCCAGAGACCUUGCAGCGGCUAGAAACUACUACGCCGAUUGCAGUGAAGCUGCGUUCCCUGCUAACGUGCCGUGUGGUGUGGCACUCGUGGGGCUUGACAUUCUGCAGCGCGUGGAAACAAUUGCUCGGCAGAUCUGGAGGUAGAAAAAGGAUAAGUUAUUUGACCAGCAGGUAAAGCGAACAUGCUCUGUCUAUUGCUCGAUUUCUCACGGCAUCUUUGUGCAAGAGUGGAGCAACAGCAUAAUACACAAGGGCUUCGCUAUUUUCCUUGAUUUACACAGUAUCGAAAGCCUUUGCGUCGUUGUCCCACGAUUGUUUUCUCUUCUUUGGCU